AUGAAGCUGCUGCAGCUUUUGCUCUCGCUGUGGGCGAUCCUUUUCGCCCCGAUUCGGGCGACGACCGAUGGGUUGACGGACUUGGUUACAUGGGACUCUCACAGUCUGACCAUCAAUGGAAAUCGUUUGUUCGUUUACUCGGGGGAGUUCCACUAUCCCAGAUUGCCGGUUCCGGAGAUGUGGUUUGAUGUCUUUCAGAAGAUGCGCGCGCAUGGGUUGAAUGCUGCGAGUGUGUACUUCUUCUGGGACUAUCAUUCCCCGAUCAAUGGGACAUACGACUUCGAGACUGGCGCACACAACAUCCAGCGCUUGUUCGACUACGCCCAGGAGGCUGGAAUCUAUAUCAUUGCACGCCCUGGACCAUACUGCAAUGCCGAAUUCAAUGCAGGUGGUCUUGCUCUCUACCUAAGCGACGGAAGCGGUGGCACGUUACGAGCGAACGACGCGACAUACCACGACGCAUGGACGCCGUGGGUGGAGCGCAUCGGCGAGAUCAUCGCAGCCAACUCCAUCACCAAGGGCGGCCCAGUCAUCCUCAACCAGAUCGAGAAUGAGUUGCAGGAAACCGUCCACUCAGCAACCAACACCUUGGUCGAGUACAUGGAGCAACUGGAAACGGCCUUCCGAGCCAGCGGUGUCGACGUGCCCUUCAGCAGCAAUGAGAAGGGAGAGCGAGAGCAGAGUUGGUCCACCGACUAUGAGGAUGUCGGCGGCGCGGUGAAUGUUUAUGGAUUGGACUCUUAUCCUGGAGGAACCAGCUGCACGAACCCUGCGACGGGGUUCACAGUACUCCGGAACUACUUCCAGUGGUUUCAAGACACCAGCUACACCCAGCCAGAAUACUUUCCUGAGUUUGAAGGGGGUUGGUACUCGCCUUGGGGCGCUGAUGCGUUCUAUGACCAGUGCACGAGCGAGCUCAGCCCGCAGUUUGCGGAUCUGUACUACAAAAACAACAUUGGUCAGCUUAUCAGCGUGCAGAACCUGUAUAUGCUGUAUGGAGGGACGAACUGGGGUCAUCUUGCAGCACCGGUGGUUUAUACAUCCUACGACUAUAGCGCUCCCCUGAGUGAGACGCGGCAGAUUCGAGACAAACUGAGCCAGACGAAGCUCAUCGGUCUGUAUACGCGAGUGUCCACUGAUCUGCUCGGUGUGGAGAUGGAGGGAAACGGAACCUUAUACACAUCGACCACGUCCGCGUAUACCUGGGUGCUCCGAAAUCCCAACACAACCGCCGGCUUCUAUGUUGUUCAGCAGGACACCACCUCCUCGCAGACCUCCAUCACAUUCUCGUUGAAUGUGACCACCUCAAUAGGCGCAUUCACACUGCCCAAUAUCAACCUGGACGGUCGUCAAAGCAAGAUCAUCUCCACGGAUUACUCCCUCGGCCACAGCACGAUCCUCUACACAUCAACCGACAUCGCGACGUAUGGGACAUUCGGCGAUACCGAUGUUGUCGUGCUCUACUCGCGCGUGGGACAAAGCGCGACCUUCGCAUUCAAGAAUGCCACCGGUCUGACCUUCGAAGAGUACGGAGUCGGUGUGGGCCUGACCAGCAGCGCGGGAAACCGGACUGUGACCUCGUAUACCUACACCCAAACAAGCGGCACCAGUGUUGUCAGAUUCUCCAACGGAGCGAUCUUUUACCUCCUGGACACUAACACCGCGUUCCGCUUCUGGGCGCCCCCUACUACCACGGACCCCUAUGUAACGGCGGAGCAGCAAAUCUUCGUGAUCGGCCCAUACCUAGUGCGCAGCGCCAGCCUGUCAAGAGGUGUUGUCGCUCUGACCGGAGACAAUGACAAUGCCACGACGAUCGAAGUGUUUGCCGGUUCCUCUGCGAGUUCGGUGACGUGGAACGGCGAAUCCGUAUCGGUGACCAAGACAGCCUACGGCAGUCUUGUCGGAUCGAUCGGCGGGGCGGACAGCAGCUCCAUUGAGCUUCCUACCUUGACCGGAUGGAAAGUCCGCGACUCGCUGCCGGAGCUGCAAUCCUCCUACGACGACUCCAAAUGGACAGUCUGUAACAAGACGACCACCCUAAGUCCGGUCAAGCCGUCAACCCUCCCGGUCCUGUUCGCGUCGGACUAUGGUUACUAUACCGGGAUCAAAGUCUAUCGCGGUCGGUUUGAUGGAGCCAAUGUCACUGGUGCGAGCUUGACCGCACAAGGAGGCGUGGCAUUCGGGUGGAAUGUUUGGCUGAACGGCGAUCUUGUCGCUUCGUUUCCGGGAGACGCUUCCGAUACGUCGUCUACUGCGACGCUAGACUUUUCCAACCAGACGCUCGAAGAGACGGACAACCUGCUCACAGUCUUAAUCGACUAUACCGGCCACGACGAAACAUCAACCAGUUACGGUGUGGAGAACCCUCGGGGCCUCCUCGGGGCAUCGCUCACCGGCGGCACUUUCACAAGCUGGAAGAUCCAGGGCAACGCGGGAGGAGCAGCGGGCGCAUACGAGCUCGACCCCGUCCGCGCACCCAUGAACGAAGGCGGCCUGCUCGCGGAGCGUCAAGGCUGGCAUCUCCCAGGAUACGAGGCCGAGUUAUCGGAGGGCUGGACAGACGGAUCUCCACUUGAUGGAUUGAACAAGUCCGGAGUCGUCUUCUACCUCACAAACUUUACCCUCGACAUCCCGGAAGAUUAUGACGUCCCCGUGGGCAUCAAAUUCACAUCCCCAGCGACCGUCCAACCCGUGCGCAUCCAGCUGUUCGUGAACGGCUACCAGUACGGCAAAUACGUGCCUUAUCUUGGACCGCAGACCACGUUCCCUGUCCCACCAGGUAUUAUCAACAACCGUGAUACGAACACCAUCGGACUGAGUCUGUGGGCGCAGACGGACGAGGGGGCGUAUGUGGAGGAUAUCGCGCUGGUUAGCUAUGGGGCGUAUGUGAGUGGGUUUGAUGCGGGGAAUGGAACCGGAUUCGGGCUUGAUGGUGCGGCGCUGGGGUAUCAGCCGGAGUGGACGGAGGCGCGGUUGCAAUAUACCUGAUCGUGA